AAAACUAUUUUAUGACAAGAGUACUUUAUUUAAAUAUGACAAAUGUAAUAGAUAGCAUACCUUCUAAUUAAUAUUAAUAAUUGUAAGUAGAGCUGUGGAAAAUAUUUUUUUAAGGCUGUGAUAUAGAUACAUGCUAAUUAUUAUUUUAUGGACUGCAAAUACAUUGAGAUAACCGGAAGAGCGGCAACAAAACGGGACGAUAGCAAAUUUUACCUGAUAUUUGGCAACCAUCGAUCAUUGUUUAAUUCCAUGGAAGGUUAUACGGUAGUAACUGAGAUGGUACAAUGGGCAACAGUCACGACAAAAUGCCACUAAGAAAGUCCCAGUCAGUCCCCGAUACACAGAUACAUUACCUGUCCUCAAGGAUUUAUUCCCGCCCAAGCCUCCUCACUUCCUGUUAUCCUUGCGAUGAGUGAAGAGAAAAAGAAGAAAUUUAUAGUCACAUAACCGGAACUACAGGGAGCAUACAGUGAAGAAUUUUAGGCCAUCUCAUUGGCUGUUGGGAUGUUCGGACCAGACCACUUGCCUGGGGAGGUGCACUUGUUGAGACAGAGUUUAUCAGCAAAUGAAACAUUUGCUCGAGUCAAGUCUCGUAGUUCUGGCAGAUUGUUUCGUCUUGGGUCAUCUCCUAAGGUAAACGAUGUUGAUAAAGAAGACGGAAAAACCAUGUGGAAAAUUCCCAUCACAGAGGCCCUGUUCCUGCCCGACUUCCCUGUCAGAGGUGAUAUCGAGGAACAAGACUUUGAGGUUAUUGAUGUCAUUGCAAAUGGUGCUUAUGGAAAUGUACUGAAAGUGCAGAGAGAAGAUGAAAAACAGUUCUACGCAAUGAAGGUGCUAGAAAAGGAGCAAAUUAUGAAGGAAAAUGCAAUUCAGCAGUGCAAAGAUGAAGCCUCAAUUCAGUCGAUAGUUGGAGACCACCCUUUCAUUGUGAAACUACAUGAGUACUGGCAGUCACGGACACAUCUCUAUAUGGUUCUCGACUAUGUACCAUAUGGUGACCUGUUUUCUCUGUGGACAUUCCAUACAAUGUUUCCCGAGAGGCUAGUGCGCUUGUAUGUUGCAGAGAUGGCAAUGGUUCUAGAAUAUUUGCAUAACUCCGGUGUAAUAUACAGAGAUUUAAAGAUGGAAAACAUAUUGUUUGAUCCAAAAGGUCAUAUACAGUUGAUAGACUUCGGUUUAGCAAAGUGGCUAAACAGAGGUGAGAGAACGAGGACAAUAUGUGGGACACUGCAAUAUAUGGCUCCUGAAGUUCUUUCUGUCAACCCCUAUGGCCACACAGCUGAUUGGUGGUCGUUGGGAAUCCUCAUGUAUAUAAUGCUAGCUGGAAAGUAUCCUGUGGAAGGCACUACCACACACACACAAAUGGCACAAAAAGUAUAUGAAUGUGACUUUCUUCUACCUCACAUGAUAGGGAACGAGCCUCAGGAUGUUGUACAUAGAUUGCUGACGAAGAGCCCUGCAAGAAGGUUGACUGAUUUAGCUUCACUGCAGAAUCUGGACUUUUUCAAAAACCUUAUAUUUACCACUCUUAUAGAAAAACAGUUAAGUCCCAUGGAUGUGGUGCCAGGUGACUUCUUCCCAAUGACUGGAAUGAGUUGGGCACCUGUCAUGGUAGAGAAGGAAUCAUCAAAGGCUUUUACUGGGUUUGAUGGAUUGAACUUCAGAUGGAACCUGCCAGAUGAUACUGUUCCAGUGUUUGUAUGACAGAGAACCAGCAUAGUAUUUGCAUUUAGGGGACUAUAGAUUUCCUGUCCGUCUGUCAUUCCCACAUAUUGUUUUCUGGAUGUUGUUUCCACAGUGCCUCAAGAUACUGAGCUGACAUUUUGCAUAUAGCUUUAUCAUGUACUGUUACACAGGAUUCUUACGCAUCCUGGAAAUCCUGGAAUGUCCAUGAAUUUAAAAAAAAAAAAAAAAUCCAGACCUGGAAUGUUCUGGAAAGCAUUAAAUUUUAUUGUGUCCUAGAAAUGUCCUGGAAAUAUAGUCCAGAAAUUUGGGUUUAUUUUUUUCACAUCUUUACUUUUGUUGUCCUCAUAACCUUUCUAAAUUCAGACUACUAUUUGUUAUAAAAACAUUCGUUGAUUGAACAUUUCAUGUCCUGGAAAAGUCCAGCAAUUGUCCAGGAAUUACAGAUCAUUUGACUUUCAUGACGAUUUGCCUAUUUUUGUUUGACAAUUAUGGCCCUUGAAUUUAGGAGAUACAUGUACGUAAAUUUGUUGGGACCAGUAGGGGAUAUGUACUUUCAGAAGUCUUGUUCACAAUACAUGUAUUUUUUACAUACCAAGCUCUGCAUCAUGUAGUUCACAGUUGCGUGUGUGUGUGCGCAUGUGUGUGUGUGUGUGUGUGUGUGUGUGUGUGUGUGUGUGUGAAAACUUUAAAAAACUAAACAAACAUUUAAAUUGUACUUGUGAAUUAGUUCAGCCAUUGUUUUAUUUAACAAGCAAUAUGAUCUAUUUAUUAUUUUGUGUGGAUUUUGUUUUUACUUUGUUAAUUUGUAUAUUAAAAUGUAAAUAUUUA